AUGUCCCGCACAAUCUGCAUCACCUCUGUCGACGGCCACACCGGCUUCCUCAUCGCCGAGCUCCUCCUCACAGAUGAGACCUUCAAAUCCACCAUCAAGUCCGUCACAGGUCUCACGCUGCACCCCCACGCGGAAAAAUGCAAGGAACUCUCCAAGCUCGGCGUCAAGAUCGUCGCGCACGAACCGGGCCGUCUGAAACAUACCGUCCAGACCCUCCAGCAGGUCGGCGCUGAGGUCCUCUGUUUGAUCCCGCCGGCCCAUAAAGAAAAGUUCGACAUCACGAUGGAGAUGAUCCAGGCGGCGAAGAAGGCCAACAUCCCCAAUGUCUGCUUCGUCAGCUCGGCGGGGUGCGAUCUCGCCGAGCGCGACAGGCAGCCUCGUCUGCGGGAGUUUAUCGAUCUUGAGGCGGCGUUUAUGGCGAGCAAGGGGGACUCAUCUACUGAAACGGGGCAUUCGCCUGUUGUCGUCAGGGCUGGCUUCUACGCCGAGAAUCUCCUGCUGUACUCGGAGCAGGCGCAGAACGAGGGAAUCCUCCCUCUCCCCAUCGGGUCGAACCAUAAAUUCGCUCCUAUUGCAUUGGGGGACGUCGCACAAGUCGUCGCUCACGUCCUCUGCGGCAAAGGCAAGCAUGGCUUCAGCGAUCAGCACCGCGGCCAGCUGAUGGUUCUGACUGGUAAUCAUGUCCUCAACCUGCUCGCAACGCAGCUAACGGCCGCAGGACCAAUGCUCACGACCGGUGACGAACUAGCCAGCGUGGCCAGCAAGGCGCUGGGCAGUGACCUCAAAUUCGAGGAUAUCUCAGAGGCCGAGGCGAAGAAGGUCCUGCAUGCUCAGUCGGACAGCGACCAGUCCGAGCUGCAGUAUCUGCUCGAGUACUACUCGCUUGUCCGCGAGGGCAAGACCAACUACAUCUCCACCACGGCGUUCCACGAUGUGACGGGUGGUCAUCCACAGGAGCCGCCGGAGUUCUUCAAGGUAUACGCCGACAGCUUUCGUCCCAAGCACGUGAACAAGAAGAGGAAGGUGAGCAAGUAA